AUGGUCCGACUUGUUUGGUCCAUAGAAGUCUUGACGACGACUUUUCUCGCAGGCAACUGCGUUUGUUUCCUGUUAUCAAUAAUACCUUCCGUGGCCGCUUUUGCCGAAACACUCCGCGUACGACGCGUUCUACCAUCGGUCUCGCCACAAGACGCGUAUGCGCGCUGCUUGCGGGGAUGGAAGCGGGAUAACCUUGGUCUCGUGGGGGUACCUCCGCCCAUUCUACUAAGAGACGGCCAUCCUGAUACCGGCGUCGGUAUGCUUCUUUUGCGAAUACCGCCCUUCGGCUUGAAAGAGGGCAUCGUCGGCUGCCAGCGGGACGAGUGUUCUACCACCAUGAAUUACCAAGUUUUGAAUCCGGGAUGGUUUACUUGGCCGGUUGCUGAGCAUGAAGGAUGGAUUCGGUUCGCCUCUGAUGGGGAACAGGGAUGUAUUUUGGAAUGGACGGUCCAGUGGACACCGCUACCAUUGCCGCUAUCCUUUUGGAACGGUUUUCUCAAAGCACUAACAACAGUGAUAGUGGAAGCCGCGGCAAGCUAUGUCGCCAGAGGGGGCUCAGGCGCCUACCAAUCAGUUGCUAUCCGCAAAAAAGAUGCAUGGGACAACAAAAAAUCCUUCGGUUUGAACAGAUCAGUCCGCGUACCUACGAUGAUGUUCUCGUGUGCUACGGGAGGAGCUUUCGGCGCGGCAUUCCCCUUGGCGGAGGUUGAUUCUUCUUGCACACGCCGAGCAGGUCGAGCCUGCACAGGGACGCUUCCGGGAUUCUGUCUCGUUUGGGCGGAUCCUUCGCCACCCGGCGUCCGGAGACUGAUGGGUCGCACUGGCGGCCUGGAAAACUCAGGCUCCAUCACUUUGGGGGCGAUCGAGAAAAUUGAUCCUAUUUCGAUGGGUAAAGGGGUCUGUCCGGCUGCCCCCGAUCACGGAUGUACGGGACAUCUUGUCCAGGGACCGUCAAACGAAUUUGGGGCACGCUUCCGACAUGCAUCACACGACUUCGCGAUUGCAAUGAUCUGUGCACCCUCCGUUGGUUCAUUUCACAGCUCGAGCUCGGAAAUACUGAGGUCACUCGAACAAGACAAGAUGAGGGAAUCUAGUCGAAAACGACCACUUAGAGCAGAAGAUGGCCUACAAUCAUCGUCGUCGGCGUCUGACUUGGACCAACAGCAACAACAUCACCAAGACGACGUGGAUACCCUGGGCGACGCGACGAUUGCUUGGUACGGUUCAAACGAGGCGACGGUAGUACUAGGGGCAACACCUCUGUGCCUUUUAGGACGUGGAAGAAUACGUCUUAUCUCGGGAACUGUCAGCUUGCACGGCUUUUGCCUUACCGAUGAAUUUCGAGAUUUCGAAAGUCCUAUUUAUGCGAGCUGGCUUACUAUUGUCGCCGAAGAGCACGGUAAGAAGGGAGGAGAGGUAGCCAAGGUAGCAGUGGAAUCAACACGGCGUGUUGCUGGUGUUCUCGUACCAACUUUUGAAAUUAAGCUGGCGACCGAGCCCCAUUCACGACCGACCGUUAUUCCCCGUCGAUGGACAGAGUCACUAGACUCAAUUCUACAGGAACAAUUGUGUCGACAACUGGAAAACGAGAAGGCAAGCCAGCGGAAAAGACCCACCGCCUUCACACGUUUACUCGAAAAGGAGAGCAGUAGUGAGAAACUUGCUGCCAAGGAAAUGGAACAGUCAGCUCCUGGGUUCAAAGUCGUCGUGGUGGGUGCCAAGAACGUCGGCAAGUCCACCUGUUUACGCUACGCCAUCAAUCGACAUCUGUCGAUGUGCAGCGAAGUAGCGGUAUUGGACGGAGACUUGGGACAGCCGGAACUAUCGCCUCCAGGGAUGGUGACUUUAACACGUUUGCGACAGCCAAUCUUUAGCCAGCCGCAUUUACACCUAGUAACGAACGAAGAUAAUGCGUCAGCUGCAGCGCCUCGACACGAAAUGGCGUAUUGGUUUGGGGCAUCUACUUCACAAGGGGAUCCCGAAAAAUACGUGAGCAGUCUCACAAAGCUAGUGCGCUACUAUCACGAAAAGCUUCUUCCUCAAAAGCCUACGUUGCCUUUGCUGAUCAAUCUCGAUGGGUGGGUCAAAGGACUUGGGAUGCAGAUCUUGGAAGCUAUCCUGCUACAAAUUCAACCAACGCACGUGAUUCAGAUACUAGGAGAUCUCAAUUCCAAAGUCUUCGAAUUGUCGUUACCUGACGAAAUUCAUCUCCAUAUAUGUCACGCCUACCACGUGAUACCACCAGAGGAACAACAAAGAAAAACAAAAAUGUCUACGCCCACUUCCGAUUCCGAGUCGAAGGAAACAUGUGCGCUGGUCGACAGGCAACACGACACUGGUCGCGUUACUUCUCUGUCCGACAUUGCGAGUCUCCCAACAAUCCCCUCGUCCAUACCGGCAUCAGCGCUCCGGACACUCCGCUUUGUCUCCUACUUUUUGGACGAUGUUUCCAUUUGGGAUCGCAUACGCUUCGGUCAAAAGGAACUGAUCGUGGAUAUUAAUUGUGUGAUUGCCAAACGUUUUGCCUCGCAGAAGCCGUACAUAGUACCGUUUGAAGCAAUUGCGGUGGAUUUUAGUUCCGACGAGUUUCGACGUGACAUAUGGACACCAGAACGGAUUCUGGACAGUUUGAAUGGAUCCAUAGUAGGCUUAUGCUGUCGAACGGGCAAAUCAGACGACGAGUUUGACUGUUGUGUUGGUCUCGGUAUU